AUGGAAUUUAUUUUUUACAUUGGGAAGGACUUUAGACAUAAUCCAGCAUCCUUAUUGUAUUGGUUUUCUAUUACUGCUGUGACAAAUUAUUACAAAUCUAGUGGCUUAACACAGUACCAAUGCAAAUUUAUUAUUUUUAAAAAAAUUAUUUAUUUACUUAUUUUUAGCUGUGCUGUGUCUUUGUUGCUGGAAGGGCUUUUCUCUAGUUAUAGUAAGCAGAGGAUACUCUGUUGCAGUGCUCAGACUUAUUACAUUGGCUUCUCUUGUUUUGGAGCAUGGGCUCUAGAGCAUGUGGGCUUCAUUAGCUGCAGCUCCCAAGUUCUAGAGCACAGGCUCAAUAGUUGUGGUGCAAGGGCUUAG